UGUCCGCGUGUCCCCCAGCGCAGCGCACCCGCCGCACCGGGCAAACGUGCCAGCUGCAUGAGAACCGUCAACACAUUUAAACAGAAGCUGAGUUGGACCGAACUUACCCAAACAAACGGAGCCGCUUACUGUAAUGGGACAGAGAAUGAAUUAAUUGCUGAGAGUUGGCCCUGCUGCAGUAUAUGCAAUGGAUUGCUCAGCAGAUGAGUAUUACAACGUUGGACAGUGUCACAAAUGCCUACAAUGUCCACCUGGUCAAGAGCUGAAAGAGGACUGUGGUUAUGGUGUAGGUGUGUCAGCUGUGUGUGGUGUAUGUGACGCCCGCUGGUUCAAGGAGGAAUGGGGUUCUCAUCCUUGCGCCUUGUGCCAGAACUGCCGUAGGCUCAACAGAUACCAAAUAAAACGCUGCACACAUACAGACAAUGCUGUGUGUGGAAACUGCCUACCUGGCUUCUACAGCAAAACACGAUUGGAUGGAUUAGAAGAUUUGGAAUGCCUUCCAUGUGGCCCCACACCCCUCAGAAACAUACAAUGUAGCAGAGGGGAAGUGAUUGGUGUGGCAAAAGGCCAAACCUCAGAAGCUCCUGUCCAAAAUGCUUCUGCCAUAGUGACUGCCUGUGCAGCAACUGCCGUCUUAACAACCUUCCUGUUUGCCAUCGCGUGUGUCACAUACCAGACACGUGCUUCACUCAGGAGGACAUGUAAACGCUGUUUAUCACCAGUCAGUACCCAUCAGCACAACAGUGACGCAUCCUCAAUUCCCAUGACUGCAGUAUGCACAGUGAUGCAGGAGGCAGAUGUAGACAGAUCAGGAUCUCAUCUGCCAUUGGGGGACCCUCGCACACUUGAUGACGUCUCUUUUGAUUUUUGCCUUUACGGAUGUAAGGCUAAUCUUACAGCGGGAAUCAUCUCACAAGCGCAGGAAUCACCUGAUUUUUCUUCUUCAGACUCUGACCUUUCCAACCAGCGUGUCAUUCUCACCCUGGUUGGAGGAAAGUCUACACCAGAACCCUGCUGUGCUGUAGAGCAGCUAACAGGCUGGGGGCUGCAUGCUCCAGUAGAGUGCACUGAACUGGACCUUCAACAACUCUCCAACACCCCGGAGUUCUAGGCAUUCUGGCCUUUAAGCAUCGUACCCACAAAUAGCCCACUAUGUCUUGGCUCGGACUUCACUCUGCCAUCAACUCUGAUGCCCUGGGACCAAGAACAGGGGAGAGAGAGGGAGCGUGGAAAAGGAGAUUGUUAAAGGGAUCACAACCGCAUUUGUUAUAUCGUGGUAAUGAGACACUCACGGAUACAACAUAAACAAUCAAUGCAAACUUUUUAUGCAUCGUAUUGGUAUGGAGAAUUCUGGUAAGUGUAAAAAUGUAUGUUUUCCCGCACAUUUUUUUUGUAAUGACCUCUGACUAGAAGUUUGGUUUUUUGUCAUUCUCAAAGAAACUGUCAGUGAUGUGUCUGGGAAGACGGGCUGCAAAAACUUGCUAAAUUAUGCAGUGUACGAUAUGCUAUUAUACAAUAAUGCAGUAAAAUCAGUUUGAAUACAUAAAGUUAAAACAACUUUGUGAUAAGUUGAUAACUUAUAAAAACAAGUUGAAAUUGUUAAACUUAAAUUUGUUAAAUAGUUAUUGAUUUGACAUCAUUUUUACAGUGUUUAAGAAAAAUAUAUUCAAAAGCUGAAAAUUUGUAUAUGGGAAAAAAGCAUCACUCUCUCUGUCUCUACAGUCUCUUUGGUAUCUGCAUCGACCUAAAAAUUUGACCAUACAUAACUUUUUGAAGUUUUUAAAGCAUUCAGUUAUUGCAAAUCAUUGCGGUAUGUGCAUUUUUGCAUGCACUAUUACAAUAUUUCUGUACGGUUUUGUUAUAUCUUGCAGCCCUACUGGAAAGGCAUGUUGACGUGAGAAGGCGGCAAACUACAAAUGGUUUUUAUUUAGCAUUGGUUUGGCUCAGUUAUAAGAAGUUACACAUAAAUUCGUAGAUUAAACUGUCCGAUAAUUCAGUCACUUCAGUGUAUAAAUUGAACAGUGUGGUUUACAUCAAUGACUGCUUGUAUGCCUUUGAUGUUUCAGGAGUUAAUACAGAACCACUCCUGUUUUGCUUUAUAAAUAAUUUGGAAAUUAAUUUUAUCUUCAUACCAUGAGCUGUCACUGCCCAUCUAUGAUCCAGGUCAUAUUCUGCAUUGUUUGAUAGUUUUACAGUAAAUAUGUAAAUAUGUAAAGCAGACUUGUUAGAAAAGCUUUCAUCCACUGCAGAGACUGGACUUGAUUUUACUCAUCACUGGAUUUAUGGCCAACAGUACUUUUUCCUUGGCAGUUCAUGAUUUAGUUUUUUACUUUGUUAAAGCUUGUCCUGGACUGAUGGCGAUUAUGCUGUCAAAGCCAAACCAGAGGUUUUGUAACGAUGCCACAGUUUUAUCCCUUGGCAUUUCAGUACUACUAAAGAUGCACAAAACGGGAAUCGACUAAUAAAUCAUUGUACAUUAGAUGGAAGGAAUGGUUGGAUUGGUUGCCACUGGACCAAAAUUAUGCCAGGGUUUGGAAUUUUGGCAUAGAAUAACGAUACCCAUCACAGGUUGUUGUGUGACCCUGCAUUCCACUGUGAAUGAGGAUCUGCAGCCUCAAGGCUUCAAGUUUUAGAAGUGGAUUACCAAAAUUAGCUAGCAACAAAAUGUAUCAAGUCACAACAUUCAAUAUCACGGUUUGCUUUGAAGCGCGACCUCAUUUUGCCCUUACAUUCCACGCUGAUUUCUUCUUUAUCCUUUCUUUAAAAAGUCCUCAAAAACUGAUUUUGCUGAAAUGGGGCUAAUUAGUUCAAAUAAAAAUGAUCAUGUCUGCGAUUUUUUUUGUAUUUUUUGUCCCUAAAUGACAGCAUGUUUAACUUUAUGACAGUAUGCACGAUAUACAAACUAAUAUCAAUAACAUAUCCCACCUCUAUUUUAAGCUUUUCAUUUCAUGGUGGUGCAAAAAGUGUAAAUUAAUUUGGCAAUGCUACAUUGCACUGGUGCACAGAUUCAGUGUCGCAUUGCCAAAAUAAUGGAAACGUUUCUGUUUUUUCUGUAUUUAUACACAAAAUCUUGUACUUGGGUUUAUUUCAACAGCCUUCAAGUUUGACAGUAGUUCUUCAGUUGAUAUACAAUGCCACCAAUUCAUGAGAUAUCACGAGAUACACAACCAGCAACAUAAAUAUCACAGAAGCUACUGUUUUCCAAACUCACCAAAACAUUAUAAUUUCAUCUCAUAACAACCAGUCAAAUAGUAGCAUGUGUUAACUUGUCUUAAAACACAUACAUUACAAUUCCAUGAAGAAGAUUGCAAUUAAAAGCCCGAGGACCUGGGGUUUUAUUGUAGAUACCAGUAGGAAUUAAGACAUCAAGUAUUGCCACAUGAGUUGACGCCAGCACACCUUUAGCCAGCAGGUGUGUCUGUAAAUACACGCAGAUGUGUCUUGAGUGAUUCUGUGGACAGAUGCAGGUGGGAUAGCACAGAUACAAUACAGUAUUUAUCCACAGAUAAAUGGAAAUAUUUUACCCUGCUUGGUCCCUGAUGGAUUGUUAAAGAACAUAUGUAGGGUCCUUCAAGUGACAUCAUUAGUAGGUGUUCAGUUUAUUAUGAGUUCACACCACCUCACUCUGAAGGGCUUUCCAAAAAUACUAUUUAAAAAAAAGCACACACACAUACGACACUUCAGGAGUCAGUUCAUUAAACAAACUCAUUAUUCACUUCAUAGGCUUUGUGCUUAAAAAUAAAACCGUUGAAAUAAAUUAUAAAAAAUAAAGCAACAAGUAAUGAUUCGGAAACUAACUCCUUUUCUUGCUAAAUCAUAGUGAUACAUUCCCUCCCCUUUCUUAUUGUACUUUGGUGGUGACGUUGAAGUGAACUUCAAAACACCGCAGUUUGUUAGUCUUAUUCUCUGAGUAGUUUCAGAGUUGGCAUUUCAGGUUGCCGGGAAUAGGUUACCAUAAUGACCUCUUCGAAAUGGACUGCAUCCAAAAAGGCAUUUAAAGCAAUUGUUUCUCUCUUUUGCAUCUUAGAUAAAUGUUGCUUUAUCAUUUAUAAAACUAAUUUAAAAGCUUGAACAUUGCAGUAUUAAUUUGGGACAUUUCGUACUGUAAAAUGGUGCUAGUUUCUUUUUUGUAUAUUUGUAGGCAAGCCCUUUUACAAGUCCAACUACAUUUAUCAUGUGAAAGGUUUAGUGAUUAUCACUGUGUUAAUAAACAUGUGUUGAAUGUAAUAUAUAUCAGAGGUUUAUUUUUUUUAUUUUCUCAUCUGUGUUAAGUAGUCACAACAAUACCAAUAUUUUUUUUCUAAUUUGAAUGAAAAGACAAUGUGUUCUUGUAUUCAAAAUGAACCAUGUGGAAAAUGCAAUGGUGCUGUUGUUGUCAAUGUUGUUUC